CGAGAAUGUUUUGUAUUUACGUUUUAGAGACAGUACGGCAUGGAGUCGAAAGGUAAAAUUGCAAACAUACGAGCAAAAUUCAAGGAUGUUCAAAAAUUAUUGGAUGAUCUUGAAAAACAUAAAAUGAGAAACGAACCGUAUAAAAUAAAAUAUCAGGCAAUCGAAGUAUUAAACUCGAUGGAAGUAGAUCUGACUAACAUUUUGAUGGAUAUGCCAGAGGAGGAAAAAGGGGAGGAGAUAGUAAUGCUUGCUGUAGUACACUUAAAUCUUGGUUUAUUACAUGUCGAUACGGAAGAAUUUAAAACAGGCGAAGAACAAUUCAUGAAAUGUAUAAAAUUAUUGAAAAAAAAAGAGCUAGAACCAGAAGCUGUUUUACCAGUAUUAAGUGCUUUGAAUCAGUUGGGUAUUAUAUGGUCCCAAUGGAAUCAACCUACAAAAGCAAAAGACUUUUUAGAACGAGCAAAGAAAAUCUAUAAUGACUUUAUAGAUACUAAUAACUCAUGUAGAGACCUCAUUAAUAUGGCCCAGAAUUUUGGCAUUGAACAAGUUAAAUCUGAACUAAGUCCUAAAGAUGUGUUAGAGAAAAUUCAUACUUUAACGUUAUAUUAUUUAGCUCAGGUAUAUCGUUCCUUGAAAGAUCAUCGUCAGUCUGCAAUAUAUUGUCACAUGACCCUGUGCAGACAAUUAGGUCAAAAUGACAUUAUGCAAGAUUUAGAUUAUAUCGAUUGGGCACUGAACGCAGCCACAUUGUCGCAAUACCUUAUGGAAAAUACUAGUUUUACUCAAGCAAGACAUCAUUUAGCAGCUGCAGCUUACAUAUUACAAAAAUAUGAAGAUAUAUUGAAAGAGAAAACUAAAAAUAAUGGGGAAAGCGAAGCACUUGCAGCUGAGUGGGAAAAUUUUAAUCACAGAAGUGCAGACGUUGCCAGAUGUUGGGCCAAAUAUGGAAUUUUGCUUCUGAUGUUAUCAAAAGAAAGACUUUUACACAAAACAGAAUCAGAACAGAAUAAUGAUCAGUUGAAUAGGGAUUCCUCAAAGAUAAUUGAUGACCUAAGGUUCAAUGUCCUAGAAAAAAAGAUAGAGUCAAUUGCUAAUCAGAUUACGGAUAAAUAUUUAUUAGAUUUUGAAGAUGCUAGAUUAGUCUUUCUAAAUGUUCAAAAAUGGUUAGAGCAAGCUAAAACAUAUUAUACUUUAGAAAAUCAUGCAUCUGAUCAUACAUCAAUUAUACAAGAUAUUUCUGUAACUUAUAAAUAUUUGGCAUUCUUUGAAGAGCAUGAAGACAGGCAAGCAAAAAUGCACAAAAGGAGAAUAGACAUGUUAGAAAAUGUUAUCAAAGAGUUAAACCCUCAGUAUUAUGAAUCUGCUUGCAGACAAAUUUGGUUUGAAUUAGGAGAAAUAUAUUCUGAUAUUCUUGAUAUAAAACUUGACCGCUUACGAUCGUCCGAUGAAAAACCUGCACCACAAGCGCUAACAAAAAUUAAUCACUUAGCAAAAAGUUCCAUAAAGAAUUUUCAAGCGUUUCUCGAUUCCUUACAUAUUCGUAAUUCUAGUUCUGGUAUACAAGAAUUUCCUGAUGAAAUAAUGCAACCAGCCUUAUUUUCUUACUUUCACCUUGGCAGAUUGUACAAUAAAAUUAUAUCUCCUGACAAAAACAUCCAAUUGCAAAAUACGCAACAAAGUAUUAAUGCAUAUAGAUUUAUAAUUGAUUAUUGUGAAAAAUAUCCUAAAGCAGCUGAGGUGAUGAAAGUAGAAUUAAAUCUAUGCAAAGAAUUGGUAAAUUUAUCGGUACUUAAAUCAAAUCAUUAUCAAUCAAAGUAAACAUGUUACAAGAAGAAAUAAUUGUUAAAUAAAGCUAUAUUUCAUUGAUGCACACGUAA